UGCUUGUCAGUUUUUAUUAUUUUUCUAUGCAUUAAUUUUCCUGAGGAGGAGCCAGCCUGAGUAAUACUGACUGAAGUUGUUACAGGGCUGAGUAAGCCUUCACAAUUAUGAAAUCUGACGACGUAAUCCUGGGGUCCACUGUACUUAUUUAUCAAUGCCUCGGACUUACAGUGGGCUCUCUGACCAGUAUUUAUACCUAAAUAAUGUAUAUUAAAUGAGUGGAUUUCCUCAAUUGAAAAAUAUACCAGAAAUGUUAUAAAUGGUGUAAAGGUGACAUUAAAACAAUAUCAAAGAUGGUUGACACAGAUCUACUACCAUUAUAGUAUGUUCCUCAUUUAGCGACAAAUUUGUUUACCAGCAGGGUCUUAGGUCCCUAUCUCUGUCGUUAUGUGAGGAGAGGUUGUACUCUAGUAAUAAACUAUUUACAAGUUUGUGAUUUGGAAACAGUCAUAUUGAGUUGUUUAGGCAGACAUGAAUUCAACUACAAAAACACUACUUUGUAGUUUAUAUGUGGUUAUGAAUUAUUCAGGAUUUACAGUAUUAGCUUAUGUAGUACAGUAUUUUCAAUAGGUUAAGUCAAGAUGUUUUUCUACUAUGGCUCCUGCUGGUAUAAUUUUUUGAUAUUUCUUGAGUAUUUGUUCGUGGGUUGUCUCAAAAUUCAUGAUAGUAGUUCCUCUGGCAGAAUUUACUUUUAACUGAAGUCUACAUCAGUUGGUAGUGACAAUGUACCUGUAGCCCAACUGAUGCUGGGCAGUAUUGAUAUCUAGGAGUAUGCUGAUCUUGUUGGAUGUACUAUUAACAUGAUAGAUGGACUGAUGGGUGUCAGUCUCCCUCAAUCUCAGUUGAAGACUUUCUUAUUAUUGACCUCAACUAAUGGACAGCCCAGAGUUGUAAUCUGCUCUUUCCUUGAAAGGUUACAUCUGUGCUAAUUUAUCAGCUUUGUCUUGCAUUUGAAGACCAAUAUGAAAUAGAAUCCAGCAAAUUGUUCUAUCUCCAUUGUCUACCAUUUUACCAUACCUGUGUCUGGCAUGAAGUCUUAGAUACAGUUUCUGUGUUCAGCAAGUUCAUUGUUAUAGAUUGCCUACUCUUGAUAUUUAUAUCUUAAUAUUAGUAGGUAAAAUGGUAAUGGUCUUCUUCCUUUCUGCAGAUUCUCUUGCAAAGUAUUUCUUAGCAUCAACCAGUUCAAGGCAAUGUUAUCUUUUAUACAGCUGUGGAGGAAAGGAAUAACUUGCCUAGUGAUGUCCUAGCCAGUUAUUGUAUAUGUUGAUAAUUCUGAGAAUCAUUGCUACCACAGCUCAGAAUAGGCAUCCUAAAUUGGAAAGGAAAUACGUAUAGUGCUUAACUGCCAUUUGCAAGAGGAAAACCCACCACAUGUCUACACCAUUCAAAAUGGUGUCUGAUAUUUCUUUCUCACCCCGUAAAGAGCUACCAAUGGAUAUUGGAGGUUUUUCAAGGUGGAACUGGAUAAGUGAGGCUAGUCUCUUGAUAAGUUUCAUCACCUUAUAGGAACAGCACCAGUACUUCCUCAUCCCCAUGGAUCGUUGAACAGUUGCCAACCGGAAUUGAGGGGAUUGGGUUUUUGAUCCUGCAGCAGUACCAAUGUCCAUGAGGUAGCAGCUGGUCAGCAUUCAGAUGAAUGAGGGAUCAAUAUCUGGUGCAAAAGCUCUCGCUUCACACAGUGUGGGUCUGGGUUUGAUUCCCGGCAAAGGAGUGGAAACAUUGGGUAAUCUAUUCUCAAGUUUGCUGAGACUUUUCUCCUGGAGAUGACUAGGGACUCAGGACUGUAAUCAGGAUCCUCAGUAAGCAAUGCAUUGGAGCAAGCUUUAAAAUAAAAGGUGUACGUACGUCCUGCAGAGACUGGGCCUUUGGAGCAGUUUAGAGUGUACAUCAGCAUCUCUUCAUUCACUCAGUCUGAGAAAGUGUCAGUUUCUGUUGGUCUGUGGGUCAUGUCGUGCCUUGAUUGUCCGUGUGCGUGUUCCCGCAUAGCCAAUCUGGCCGUCUCCCCUGAUGUGCGCGUAGAUGUGCGCCUAGGUCAUACUGACACUGCAUACCAGCCCCUCAGCCGCAUAAAAUCAGAGAGCUUUGCAUUGGAGGUGCGCUCUCCCAGCAUGGUGUCCUUUGAGGCAUCGACGGAGAGCUACGAUGUGUGGAGCCCUCUUGGCUCUGUGUGUGGCGGCAAGGGCACAGUGUGGGUAGCCCGAUACAAACCAUCAAACAACCAUGUUGCUCUCAAGAUCUACGAGUUGGACAAGUGUGAGGAUGAGUUUGAGUUGAUCCAGGUAGCUACGGUACUUCUUUAUCUCCAGCAUUUUAUGAGACAAAAUAAUCAUGAGAUUCGGAUGGUCAAGCAGCUCAGACAUCGAAAUAUCAUCCAGUAUUUGGCCUCCUUUACAUAUUCACAACAACUAUGGAUAGUCAUGCCGUUACUAGGCUACACCUCAGCGUCGCGUCUCGUUGCCACACAUUUCUCUGAAGGUCUUCCAGAGCCUGCACUUGCACUGGUUGUAAAAGACGUGCUGCAAGGACUCUCCUAUCUUCAUUCCAAGCACAUCAUUCACAGGGCGGUGAGAGGAAGUCAUAUAUUAAUAGACAGUAUAGGUCGGGUAGCACUGAGUGGGUUGCGUCACAGCACCUGCAUCAUGGACAGCACCAGACUGCAGAAAACCGUCCAUUGUUAUCCUCCCCAGGCACGCUACAAUCUUAACUGGGCCAGUCCUGAGCUGCUUGCACAGGUGAGGUCUCUUUGUAGCACCAGCACCAGUCUUAUCUCUCUUCCUCUCUUCUUAUCUAUGUUGAAAUGGCAGAGUAUUUUGCCAGUCUUUGUGUUGGCUGUGUAGGCCUGAAGGCUACUG